AUGGAGCUUGCCAAAACCCUAGUCAUCAUCGAAAAGACUCCCAAAUCAUCUGCACUACCGCCCACUUCGGUGCCAUUUGGGAAAUGGGCAGUUGAUAGCUGGAAAUCCAAGAAGGCUUUGCAAAUUUUUGAGUACCCAGAUGAAAAUGAGCUUGAAUAUGUGGUUAAGACCAUUGAGGUCUUCCCUCCAAUCAUUUUUGCCCGUGAGGUGAGGAGUUUGGAGGAAAAGCUUGUUGAUGCGGCGUUGGGGAAUGCUUUUCUGUUGCAAGGAGGGAUGAGCGUUGUUCUCAUGUUUGGUGGACAAAUGCCUAUUAUUAAGUUCGCCAAGCCGAGAUCAGAUCCAUUGGAGGAGAAGAAUGGAGUGAAACUGCCAAGUUACAAGGGAGACAAUAUCAAUGAGCCUUUGCAACUGGAGUUUAUGUUGCGAUGCAAAGGGUCACACGGUGGAAUCUUGAUUUUGUGGAGCACAGUAAGCAGGGAGAUAGGUUUGUAUAAGAAAAAGGGAUAUGAAUAUACUUUUGACAUAAUUCCAUUUGCUUGUGCUUUUUCGGGCUUUGAUUAUGUGGCUAUAUUCAGACUAGACACUGAAAAACAGAUUGUGAAUCUGCAUUACAUGUUAAGUAAGGCGGUGGUGAAGUCUAGGCCAAAUGUUCUCUGGUGCUACAAGGACAAACUUGAACUCAGCAGUCAUAAGAAGAAACGUGCCAAGCAGGUAAAAAAGUUGAUGCAGAGGGGACUGCUGGAUCCUGAGAAGGUUGACCCCUUCUCGCUUUUUGUUGAAACUGGAGGAAUAACGUAUUGCUUGUACAAAGAUUCUGAAAGAAUUCUUGGGAAUACUUUUGGCAUGUGUAUAUUACAGGAUUUUGAGGCUUUGACACCAAAUCUCCUAGCGAGAACUAUAGAAACAGUGGAGGGUGGGGGAUUGAUUGUAUUGCUGCUUCGUUCUCUUUCCUCUCUCACACGACUGUGCACCAUGGUCAUGGAUGUUCACGAGAGGUUUCGUACAGAAUCUCAUUUGCAGGCUGCUGGGCGCUUUAAUGAACGGUUUUUACUAUCACUUGCAUCAUGCAAAGCAUGCGUAGUUAUGGACGAUGAGCUAAAUAUUCUGCCGAUCUCUUCACAUAUGAAGUCAAUUUCUACAGUUGCUUUAAGAGAGGACUCUGAGGGCCUUUCAGAAGCGGAUCAAGACCUAAAAAAUCUAAAAGAACAACUGAAUGAUGAUUUUCCUGUUGGUCCUCUUAUUGGGAAUUGUUGUACACUGGACCAGGGAAAAGCUGUCAUUACAUUUCUUGAUGCUAUUUUGGACAAGACACUUCGUAGCACAGUUGCUUUACUUGCGGCUCGUGGCCGUGGGAAGUCAGCCGCACUUGGUCUGGCCAUUGCUGGAGCUAUUGCUGCGGGGUAUUCAAAUAUAUUUGUCACUGCACCCAGCCCCGAGAACUUAAAAACAUUGUUUGACUUUGUAUGCAAGGGAUUUGACAAGCUCGAGUAUAAG